UCCCGUCGUACUAUAAAAUUUAGUGAGCGGAGAGAAAAGGGCAGGUAUACCAGACUAUCUCUAUGAAAAGUACUAAAGUUUUUUCGGGAUAUAAACUAACCAUCAACUUUGAAAUUUUAUAACAAUCUCUGUUUCUAACGUGAUUAAGUUUAAUAUAUCACGUAAUCUAUCAUGAUAAGGAACAAAUUUCAUGGCGUUUUAAUAGAUUUAAGUAAUAUGCUUAUUACGCAGUUUGAGUUCACAUGGAAGUAACAAUUUGGAGAUUACUCGCAUAAACAAUCUUAUUGUCUAAAAUCACGUCUAUCAAGCCUGAAGAUGGUGUUACAAUAGCAUUUAUGUCUCAUCAAAGUUCGUUUAAGUGUACAUGAUGUCUGACACAGAUCAAAGUUAUAACAAGUUUAUCCAGGAGCAUUGCCCUCAGACACUCGUAGAAGUGUGCAGAUUAAGAAAGUCAUAUACUGAUAUACUUCAAAAGGUCAAACAGCGAGUUUUAAAAGUAUUAUCAAACAUAUGGAAUGUUUCAGUUACGAAGUUUGCGAGGACAUGCAAUGGUAUCAAAGUCUUUCUGCAACGGAAUACGGAAAAAGACGAUAAGACACCGGACCCAACAAUUGUUUGCAUUCAGGUAUUGCUUGACAGUGUAUCAGCAUCAGUGUCUAUAUCAGCGAGCAUAGCCGAGAUCUAUAGAUGGAAACAAAACGAUUUCGACAAAGGAAUGCAAAUAGCACAGUAUUCAAACGGGAACUUGAAUCUUUCGGCAAGCGUGAAUAAACUCGUAUGCUUCAAACUAUAUGUGAUAACCGAAAGGGGACUGGACAUCAACAGAUUGCUCCAUUGCGUAUAUUAUCAAAAUACGGAUGACUAUGUAAAUCAAAAAGGUUUUAUAAUCAACAACAAUGUUGCAAUUAUAUGCAAACCAAAAGUUCAGUUCAGCCGCCUAAAGUCAGUCACAGACACAAAUAGUUGCAAAAAAGAGGACAAUUCAGAUUUUUCGGAAAGCUUCCGCAUUUAUCAGGAUCAUUUAGACUUAAAACCAGCAGAAAAAAUACAAGAAGAGAAUAGUUCGAAACGCACAAAAAGAAAGAAACCCAAACUAUUUUUGGAUAAAAUACUCAUGGUCCUGAUUUUCCUCUUAACCAUAGGCCAUGUAAAUGCAGCUCCCCGCAACGAAGAUGCAAUGAUGUUUUCGAAAGAUUUGCUGGAAUCUAAAUACUGUAACAUGGACAACUUGUAUUCAUUGAAGGAACUUUGUCACACCAAUGGGAAUGACCUUCAACUCUUGACAGACAGCUGCGAUUUCUCAGACCUAUGUGAUGAAGGUGAAAAGCCAUAUUGUAUCAACACUAAUGAAUUUGGUGCCUUCGUGUGCUUGAAAAAGAAUUUAUCAUGCCAAAAAGGUCGGUAUUACAAGGCGGGUAUCGAUAUCAAUUAUCCGAGAAAAAUAUUGCUCCAAGAGGAUAAUUGCCCAGGCCGAACAUACCAGUCCUAUGAAUCUGACUGCAUUCACGCAUGUGUAGACGAACAUAGAGACCUGGAAGAUAUCCCAGAAAAAUACGUUGUGUAUUCCGUUGGCAACACAACUAAUCCUACCCAAGUUUAUUGUAAUUUUCAACUGGGCUACUUCAACGGAGCCGGCAAUUUUCUACUGGAUUACGACAAAGAAGAACUACAUGAUCCGUUUUUUUGCGACUAUGUUGGCGAUUAUAAUCCUUGCAAAGAAAGGCAACAACCUCUUCCAAAUGGCACAUGUGUUGACAUAUGUGAUACUUGGUUCGAGAGGAAUGCACCUGAUUUUGUUUGUACUCCAACGACCAACAUCUAUCCUACGAAAGAACAAUUGCCAUCACGUCCAACCACUACGAAAGCAUCAUUAACAACCACGUAUCUAUACCCUAACACACAAACAGUGCCAAAGACGAGAAAGACAACUGGGAGACCACCGAUAACAGAUGAUAAAGACAAUGUAACAAACUAUUAUGAUAACCAGAACUCCGAAUUUCCUUUGUGGGCCAUUGUCUGUAAGUUUUAA